UUGUGUACGAUAACCCUGUCCCCAGAUGAUGAGCCGUGGCAGAGGGUCAAUGCCUACCUCAUCCAUGACACUGCAGACUGGAAGGACCUGAACCUCAAGUUUGUCCUGCAGGUUUACAGAGACUUCCAUCUCACACAGGACAGGCAGUAUUUACAGGACAUGUGGCCAAUCUGCCAGGCGGUGAUGGAGUCGGAGAUGAAGUUCGACCUGGAUGGAGACGGACUCAUUGAGAACUCUGGAUAUGCAGACCAGACUUAUGAUGGAUGGACAGUGACUGGACCAAGUGCUUAUUGUGGUGGGCUGUGGCUGGCGUCGCUGUGUGUGAUGUGUAAGAUGGCCAUCCUGUUGGACAAUAAGGAGAUGUACCAGCUCUACAGAAGCACACUGGACAAAGGCAGCACUGCAUUCGACAAACUGUUGUGGAACGAUGAUGAGCCGUGGCAGAGGGUCAAUGCCUACCUCAUCCAUGACACUGCAGACUGGAAGGACCUGAACCUCAAGUUUGUCCUGCAGGUUUACAGAGACUUCCAUCUCACACAGGACAGGCAGUAUUUACAGGACAUGUGGCCAAUCUGCCAGGCGGUGAUGGAGUCGGAGAUGAAGUUCGACCUGGAUGGAGACGGACUCAUUGAGAACUCUGGAUAUGCAGACCAGACUUAUGAUGGAUGGACAGUGACUGGACCAAGUGCUUAUUGUGGUGGGCUGUGGCUGGCGUCGCUGUGUGUGAUGUGUAAGAUGGCCAUCCUGUUGGACAAUAAGGAGAUGUACCAGCUCUACAGAAGCACACUGGACAAAGGCAGCACUGCAUUCGACAAACUGUUGUGGAACGAUGAUGAGCCGUGGCAGAGGGUCAAUGCCUACCUCAUCCAUGACACUGCAGACUGGAAGGACCUGAACCUCAAGUUUGUCCUGCAGGUUUACAGAGACUUCCAUCUCACACAGGACAGGCAGUAUUUACAGGACAUGUGGCCAAUCUGCCAGGCGGUGAUGGAGUCGGAGAUGAAGUUCGACCUGGAUGGAGACGGACUCAUUGAGAACUCUGGAUAUGCAGACCAGACUUAUGAUGGAUGGACAGUGACUGGACCAAGGUGA